CAACCCACGAGAUGAGCGCCAAAUUGUGCCAAUCACGAUACUUGAAUAGUCGUGACAAUUUCAUGUCAUUUGGGCAAUAAAAAUACCCCAAUUCGACGGUUCCCCCUGUCUUGACAUCAGACCACUUUUUCAUGCACGGCGGAGGCACCACGUGACCUAUAGCCGGCCGCCGUCGCCUUAGUCAUCCAACAGACAGACCUUGCCGAGCUCCAUUCCAGCAAACGCUGGACGAAAUCAUCAGACCUCACGAAAACCCUCAAACACCCGAGACGACGUCAAUUGACCCUACGCCCACGGACCUGGACCCUCCACACCACGAAUCUUCUCCGCUCCCUCUCCCACUCGAACCAUCUCACACAACAUGCUGCGGACCCCGGCGACGAGCAUGCUGCGCAACAGCCUGGUGCGCAGCGCCCCUGCUGCCCGCCGCGCCGAGUCGACGGUCGCUGCCUCUGCCAGCCACGCCAUCUCGAAGCCCACCCUGGCCAACAUUGAGAAGCGUUGGGAGGGUAUGCCUCUCCAGGAGCAGGCCGACCUCUGGAUGGCCCUGCGCGAUCGCAUGAAGGGCAACUGGAAGGAGUUGACGGUUCAGGAGCAGAAGGCUGCUUACUGGAUCGCUUUCGGUCCCCACGGCCCCCGCGCUACUGAUCCCCCCGGCACCGGCGCCAAGGUCUUCUGGGGCGUCAUGGCUGGCCUGGGUGCUUCGUUCGGCAUCUUUGGCUUGAUCCGCGCCUUCGCUAACCCUGCUCCUCACACCAUGAACAAGGAGUGGCAAGAGGCUGCCAACGAGAUGCUCAUUGAACAACGCGCCGAUCCUCUUACCGGUAUCACCGCCGAGCACUACAAGGGCCCUGGCCAGGUCCAGUCUCCCCCCAAGGGUCCUUAAAUCGAUCUUACACGAUCGCUAUAGCCCUUCGAUACCACAUAAUCCGAACAACCUUAUACUCAACCUUACGUUCCCUUUGUUUUAGAGACCUAGGUCAAAGCUCGCCUGUGGGAUGCAUCGAAUGCCUCCAUGUGUACAGAAUCAAGUUGAGGGAGGUUCACAAAAGCUCACUAGAGGGUAGCGGCGACAAGGCAGUUGGGAGGAGGU